AUGGGGAGCGACGGCGAUGGCGACGGCGAGGCGGGGAUGCGGAUGCAGCUCGUGUCGGGGACGGGCGAGUUCGAUCGCGAGGGGCUCGAGCGAUUCGCGCGUGCGACGCGGAUGACGGAGUGCGGCUUGUCGUACGCCGUCAUCGCCAUCGUCGGACCGCAGAGCAGCGGCAAGAGCACGCUGCUAAAUCACCUCUUCCACACGACCUUCGAUGAGAUGGACGCGCUCAAGGGCAGGCGGCAGACGACGCAGGGCAUCUGGGUGGCGGAGGCGCGCGGCAUUCGGCCGUUCACCCUCGUGCUGGACAUCGAGGGCACUGACAGCCGCGAGCGCGGCGAGGACGACACCACGUUUGAGAAGCAGAGCUCGCUCUUUGCCCUCGCUGUCGCUGACGUCAUCAUCGUUAACAUGUGGUGCCACGACAUUGGUCGAGAGCAAGCCUCCAACAAGCCAUUGCUGAAAACGGUUUUUCAGGUGAUGAUGCGCCUGUUCUCGCCGCGCAAGGCCACGCUGCUCUUCGUCAUCCGCGACAAGACCAAGACCCCAAUGGAGACACUCGAGCCCAUAUUGAGGGAGGACAUUCAAAAGAUAUGGCAGAGCGUACCCAAGCCGCAGAAGCAUCACGACACACCCUUUGCUGACUUCUUCAAUGUGGAGGUCACAGCUCUGCCCAACUUUGAGGAGAGAGAGGAGGACUUCAAGAGCCAGGUAGCACGGCUGAGGGAGCGGUUUCAAGACUCGGUGGUGGAGGGGCGGGUGGCGGGGGACCGGCGGGGGGUGGUGCCGGCAUCGGGGUUCCCCUUGAGCGUGGCGGAGAUGUGGCGCGUGAUCCGCGAGAACAAGGACCUCGACCUGCCCGCUCACAAGGUGUGCUGCGCCACUCUAGGGAAGGAGGGAGGCGAAGAUAUGUCGAGGGACAAGGACCUUGUCUUGCUCGCCCACAAGGCGUGUGUGCUGUGCUCGCCCACAAGGUGUGUGUGCUGUGCUCGCCCACAAGGUGUGUGUGCUGUGCUCGCCCACAAGGUGUGUGUGCUGUGCUCGCCCACAAGGUGUGUGUGCUGUGCUCGCCCACAAGGUGUGUGUGCUGUGCUCGCCCACAAGGUGUGUGUGCUGUGCUCGCCCACAAGGUGUGUGUGCUGUGCUCGCCCACAAGGUGUGUGUGCUGUGCUCGCCCACAAGGUGUGUGUGCUGUGCUCGCCCACAAGGUGUGUGUGCUGUGCUCGCCCACAAGAUCGCCACAGAGGCGAUGGUUGCUUAUCCCCCUGUCCUCCCCCUUCCCCCUCCCCACCUUGUCUCUCUCCCCACCUUGUCUCUCCCCACCGUCUCUCCCCACCGUCUCUCCCCACCUUGUCUCUCCCCACCGUCUCUCCCCACCGUCUCUCCCCACCGUCUCUCCCCACCGUCUCUCCCCACCGUCUCUCCCCACCCCUCCUUCCCUCUCCACCCCACCAGGUGAUGGUGGCCACGGUGCGCUGCGAGCAGAUCGCCGCGGAGAAGCUCACCCAGCUGCAGGAGAGCGAGGAGUGGGUGGAGCUACAGGCAGCAGUGGAGGCGGGCAAAGAGGCAGACCACUUCGGUGGGCGGGCGAACGAGCUCGCAGCUAGUGCUCUUGCCAUCUUGUCUACUAUCCCUUCCUCAGCUUGUCCACUAUCCCUUCCUCAGCUUGUCUACUAUCCCUUCCUCAGCUUGUCUACUAUCCCUUCCUCACCUUGUCUACUAUCCCUUCCUCAGCUUGUCUACUAUCCCUUCCUCAGCUUGUCUACUAUCCCUUCCUCAGCUUGUCUACUAUCCCUUCCUCACCUUGUCUACUAUCCCUUCCUCACCUUGUCUACUAUCCCUUCCUCAGCUUGUCUACUAUCCCUUCCUCAGCUUGUCUACUAUCCCUUCCUCAGCUUGUCUACUAUCCCUUCCUCAGCUUGUCUACUAUCCCUUCCUCACUUUGUCUACUAUCCCUUCCUCACCUUGUCUACUAUCCCUUCCUCAGCUUGUCUACUAUCCCUUCCUCAGCUUGUCUACUAUCCCUUCCUCACCUUGUCUACUAUCCCUUCCUCACCUUGUCUACUAUCCCUUCCUCAGCUUGUCUACUAUCCCUUCCUCAGCUUGUCUACUAUCCCUUCCUCACCUUGUCUACUAUCCCUUCCUCAGCUUGUCUACUAUCCCUUCCUCAGCUUGUCUACUAUCCCUUCCUCACCUUGUCUACUAUCCCUUCCUCACCUUGUCUACUAUCCCUUCCUCAGCUUGUCUACUAUCCCUUCCUCAGCUUGUCUACUAUCCCUUCCUCACCUUGUCUACUAUCCCUUCCUCACCUUGUCUACUAUCCCUUCCUCACCUUGUCUACUAUCCCUUCCUCAGCUUGUCUAUUAUCCCUUCCUCAGCUUGUCUACUAUCCCUUCCUCACCUUGUCUACUAUCCCUUCCUCAGCUUGUCUACUAUCCCUUCCUCAGCUUGUCUACUAUCCCUUCCUCAGCUUGUCUACUAUCCCUUCCUCAGCUUGUCUACUAUCCCUUCCUCAGCUUGUCUACUAUCCCUUCCUCAGCUUGUCUACUAUCCCUUCCUCACCUUGUCUACUAUCCCUUCCUCAGCUUGUCUACUAUCCCUUCCUCAGCUUGUCUACUAUCCCUUCCUCACCUUGUCUACUAUCCCUUCCUCACCUUGUCUACUAUCCCUUCCUCACCUUGUCUACUAUCCCUUCCUCACCUUGUCUACUAUCCCUUCCUCAGCUUGUCUACUAUCCCUUCCUCACCUUGUCUACUAUCCCUUCCUCACCUUGUCUACUAUCCCUUCCUCAGCUUGUCUACUAUCCCUUCCUCAGCUUGUCUACUAUCCCUUCCUCACCUUGUCUACUAUCCCUUCCUCAGCUUGUCUACUAUCCCUUCCUCACCUUGUCUACUAUCCCUUCCUCACCUUGUCUACUAUCCCUUCCUCACCUUGUCUACUAUCCCUUCCUCAGCUUGUCUACUAUCCCUUCCUCAGCUUGUCUACUAUCCCUUCCUCACCUUGUCUACUAUCCCUUCCUCACCUUGUCUACUAUCCCUUCCUCAGCUUGUCUACUAUCCCUUCCUCAGCUUGUCUACUAUCCCUUCCUCACCUUGUCUACUAUCCCUUCCUCACCUUGUCUACUAUCCCUUCCUCACCUUGUCUACUAUCCCUUCCUCAGCUUGUCUACUAUCCCUUCCUCACCUUGUCUACUAUCCCUUCCUCAGCUUGUCUACUAUCCCUUCCUCACCUUGUCUACUAUCCCUUCCUCACCUUGUCUACUAUCCCUUCCUCACCUUGUCUACUAUCCCUUCCUCAGCUUGUCUACUAUCCCUUCCUCAGCUUGUCUACUAUCCCUUCCUCACCUUGUCUACUAUCCCUUCCUCACCUUGUCUACUAUCCCUUCCUCAGCUUGUCUACUAUCCCUUCCUCAGCUUGUCUACUAUCCCUUCCUCACCUUGUCUACUAUCCCUUCCUCAGCUUGUCUACUAUCCCUUCCUCAGCUUGUCUACUAUCCCUUCCUCACCUUGUCUACUAUCCCUUCCUCACCUUGUCUACUAUCCCUUCCUCAGCUUGUCUACUAUCCCUUCCUCAGCUUGUCUACUAUCCCUUCCUCACCUUGUCUACUAUCCCUUCCUCACCUUGUCUACUAUCCCUUCCUCACCUUGUCUACUAUCCCUUCCUCAGCUUGUCUAUUAUCCCUUCCUCAGCUUGUCUACUAUCCCUUCCUCACCUUGUCUACUAUCCCUUCCUCAGCUUGUCUACUAUCCCUUCCUCAGCUUGUCUACUAUCCCUUCCUCAGCUUGUCUACUAUCCCUUCCUCAGCUUGUCUACUAUCCCUUCCUCAGCUUGUCUACUAUCCCUUCCUCACCUUGUCUACUAUCCCUUCCUCACCUUGUCUACUAUCCCUUCCUCAGCUUGUCUACUAUCCCUUCCUCAGCUUGUCUACUAUCCCUUCCUCACCUUGUCUACUAUCCCUUCCUCACCUUGUCUACUAUCCCUUCCUCACCUUGUCUACUAUCCCUUCCUCAGCUUGUCUACUAUCCCUUCCUCACCUUGUCUACUAUCCCCUCCUCACCUUGUCUACUAUCCCUUCCUCAGCUUGUCUACUAUCCCUUCCUCAGCUUGUCUACUAUCCCUUCCUCACCUUGUCUACUAUCCCUUCCUCACCUUGUCUACUAUCCCUUCCUCAGCUUGUCUAUUAUCCCUUCCUCAACUUGUCUACUAUCCCUUCCUCACCUUGUCUACUAUCCCUUCCUCAGCUUGUCUACUAUCCCUUCCUCAGCUUGUCUACUAUCCCUUCCUCAGCUUGUCUACUAUCCCUUCCUCAGCUUGUCUACUAUCCCUUCCUCAGCUUGUCUACUAUCCCUUCCUCACCUUGUCUACUAUCCCUUCCUCACCUUGUCUACUAUCCCUUCCUCAGCUUGUCUACUAUCCCUUCCUCAGCUUGUCUACUAUCCCUUCCUCACCUUGUCUACUAUCCCUUCCUCACCUUGUCUACUAUCCCUUCCUCACCUUGUCUACUAUCCCUUCCUCAGCUUGUCUACUAUCCCUUCCUCACCUUGUCUACUAUCCCUUCCUCACCUUGUCUACUAUCCCUUCCUCACCUUGUCUACUAUCCCUUCCUCAGCUUGUCUACUAUCCCUUCCUCAGCUUGUCUACUAUCCCUUCCUCACCUUGUCUACUAUCCCUUCCUCACCUUGUCUACUAUCCCUUCCUCAGCUUGUCUACUAUCCCUUCCUCAGCUUGUCUACUAUCCCUUCCUCACCUUGUCUACUAUCCCUUCCUCAGCUUGUCUACUAUCCCUUCCUCACCUUGUCUACUAUCCCUUCCUCACCUUGUCUACUAUCCCUUCCUCACCUUGUCUACUAUCCCUUCCUCAGCUUGUCUACUAUCCCUUCCUCACCUUGUCUACUAUCCCUUCCUCACCUUGUCUACUAUCCCUUCCUCAGCUUGUCUACUAUCCCUUCCUCACCUUGUCUACUAUCCCUUCCUCACCUUGUCUACUAUCCCUUCCUCACCUUGUCUACUAUCCCUUCCUCAGCUUGUCUAUUAUCCCUUCCUCACCUUGUCUACUAUCCCUUCCUCACCUUGUCUACUAUCCCUUCCUCACCUUGUCUACUAUCCCUUCCUCAGCUUGUCUAUUAUCCCUUCCUCACCUUGUCUACUAUCCCUUCCUCAGCUUGUCUACUAUCCCUUCCUCAGCUUGUCUACUAUCCCUUCCUCACCUUGUCUACUAUCCCUUCCUCAGCUUGUCUACUAUCCCUUCCUCACCUUGUCUACUAUCCCUUCCUCACCUUGUCUACUAUCCCUUCCUCAGCUUGUCUACUAUCCCUUCCUCACCUUGUCUACUAUCCCUUCCUCACCUUGUCUACUAUCCCUUCCUCACCUUGUCUACUAUCCCUUCCUCAGCUUGUCUACUAUCCCUUCCUCACCUUGUCUACUAUCCCUUCCUCACCUUGUCUACUAUCCCUUCCUCACCUUGUCUACUAUCCCUUCCUCAGCUUGUCUACUAUCCCUUCCUCAGCUUGUCUACUAUCCCUUCCUCACCUUGUCUACUAUCCCUUCCUCACCUUGUCUACUAUCCCUUCCUCAGCUUGUCUACUAUCCCUUCCUCAGCUUGUCUACUAUCCCUUCCUCACCUUGUCUACUAUCCCUUCCUCAGCUUGUCUACUAUCCCUUCCUCACCUUGUCUACUAUCCCUUCCUCACCUUGUCUACUAUCCCUUCCUCACCUUGUCUACUAUCCCUUCCUCAGCUUGUCUACUAUCCCUUCCUCACCUUGUCUACUAUCCCUUCCUCACCUUGUCUACUAUCCCUUCCUCAGCUUGUCUACUAUCCCUUCCUCACCUUGUCUACUAUCCCUUCCUCACCUUGUCUACUAUCCCUUCCUCACCUUGUCUACUAUCCCUUCCUCAGCUUGUCUAUUAUCCCUUCCUCACCUUGUCUACUCUCCCUUCCUCACCUUGUCUACUAUCCCUUCCUCACCUUGUCUACUACCCCUUCCUCAGCUUGUCUAUUAUUCCUUCCGCCUCCCUAUCGCUGCUUCCGUUCCUCUGCGUUUGUUCACUGGCAACGGCGAGGCAGCGGGAGGGAUCGAGAAUGCCCGCUUUCCACGCUCCCAUCACCACCCUCACCUUCCUCUCAGCUAGGGCGCAGAGAAAGGGACAUGCCCCAUGCGUGUUCACCCUGUCCUCAUUCCCUCUCGUCUGCUGCCUCUCCUGUACUGCUUCCUGUGCCCCCCCUCUGCACUGCUUCCCAGCUGUACGAUUCGGAGGCGGCAUACUUCGAGGAGGGAGUGAGGGACAGCAAGCGCCAGUUCCUGCUCAAAGGCAUGAGCGCCCCGUCUCCCCCCUCCAAUCAGCUCAUCCGUCAAGUGUACAUGGCAGUGGUGGCGGCGGCAGCAGCUCGCUGCGUCACAGGGGGGCUGCAAAGGGGACCAACCCACCUCAUCCGCCCAGUGCACACGGCAGUGGUGGCGGCGGCAGCAGCUCGCUGCUUCGAUUCCUUCAAGAGGGACCUGGACGAAGAGACAGGGGGGCGAGAGGGCAGCGCUGCCUCCUUUGCCAACUCCUCUGCUGCGUGCCUGCAGGCUGCUGCUGUCUCCUUUGACUCCGAUGUUGAGGACGCUGACGUGGCGCUGUUCAAUUGGUCGGUGGAGGACGUGACGGCGAAGCUCAUGGCUGAUAUGGAAUCCCACGUGGCGUUGCUGCGAUCACAGAAGCUCAAACAGAUCGUCACGGAUGCAGAGGCGUCCCUAUCACACGACGUAUCAGAGCCCAUAGCGGCAGAACGAGAAGCCAUCAGAGAGAACACGUGGCGGGAUAUCCGAGAAGCGUCCCUGUCAGAGGCAAUCUCGGAGCCCAUAGCAGCGCUGCUAGAGGCAGUGACGGACAACACGUGGCGGGACAUCCGAGCCGUGUUCUUCCACCAGCUGGACGGCGCAUGCAGCGACGUGGAGCAGGCCGUGGCGGGGUUCCAGCUGGGGGACGACGAGCACACACGGCUCAAGGGCGCGGUGGAGGCGGCGGGGAGGAAGGUGGUGGAGGAGCGGGUGAAGAGGGAGAGCAAGCAUGCGCUGUCGCUCAUGAAGGACAGGUUCUUCGUGGUGUUCUCGCAGGACGACCAGGGUCUGCCGCGCAAGUGGACGGAGGGAGACGACAUCAAGGCCAUUGCCUUCGAUGCUCGCAAGGCGGUGAGGCACACAGGGAGGGAGGCCGUGAGGCACACAGGGAGGGAGGGGGUGAGGGGGGGUCGGAGGGAGGAGACUGUGAGGGGGUGGAGAGGUGGUGAAGGGGGGGAGAGAUG